AUUGUGUUGAGCCACAACGCAGCCAAACGGGUUGUACAAACGAUAACCACUGGACUAAUUCCAAGUCUUCACAAUUCCAUUACGACCAUGAGCACGUACGAAAGCUUUCACAAAUUAAAUAAGCUGAAGCGACGUUCCGAACGAGAAGAGGAAGAAAUAUUGCGAGUUCCGAUUGCCUUGGCUAUGGUAAAAUUGCUCCAAAAGCUCCCAGAGGGAAUGUUGGAACAUUCUUUACGUGGCAUUUUCAUCAAAGUCUGCAUGUUUCUCAAGUCACCUCUAAAAUCGGUUCGUUUGUUCACCCGGAACAUUUUGAAAAACAUCAUGCAAAACGUGGGCACCAAAUAUCUUGGCCAAUUGAUGAAUCAAAUGACGUCAAUGUUGACCCGAGGCUUCCAAGUUCACGUUUUGACUGUCACAAUGUACGGAGUCUUGGACGUACUCAAGCAUAACUUUAAAGCAGGUGAAAUCGACGCUGUCCUGCAGAGUAUCUUGAGCGUUUGUCUUGAAGACAUUUUUGGACAAACCAGUGAAGAAAAGGAAGUUAAAAAAAUUGCUGGUCAUACUCCGGAGGCGAAGCCAAGUAACUGCAGUUUUCAGUCACUAAAUAUUGCUGCCGUCAACAUUAGCGAGUCAUGUAUGCUGGAUCUGUUGGUUCCACUAAAGAAUUACCUGUUGAAAUCACAGUCGAAAAAAGUGGUUACAAAAGUUCAAAGCUGUUGCCAAACGAUUGCUGCUGGCUUGGUGCAAAAUAAAAACAUUUCGUUGGAAUCACUGCUGAUGUUCAUCUACGGCACAGCAUCAGAAAGUAUCCCGGAUUUACUGCCAGGUCCAGCUAAACCAGUUCUCACGCAGUCUGAAAAAGAGAAGCAAAGCCGCAUCCGAACUGAUUGUCUCUUACUACCGGAACAACCUCGUGGACGAACAGGUGCUGUAACGAAAGCUGUUGUGACGAAUGUACGAGCCAACGCCCAUGUUAUGAUUGAAUUUGGCUUAUCGAUGCUGCAGAUAAUUUUGAAGCGUAGGAAAAUUAUGAAAAUCAAGUACGAGCCGUUUAUAAAUCCGAUUAUACCCGUAUUAUUGGACUCGUUGAACAGUGCACACAUUCUCGUCACGAUUUACUCGUUGAAGUGCUUAACCGAAAUGUGGAACAAGACAAUGGAAUUGCAGAAACUGAACGAGUUGACACCAGCAAUUGUACAAGUUAUUUUCCAAAUUUUACACAAAUAUGCUACGCCCGGCAUGGCAACUGUAAACGAAAACUUUCGCUUGAUUAAAAAUGCUUUUGGAGCAAUGGUCGCCGUUAUUCGUAACAAUCAACAUUUCACCGUCACGGAGGAUCAGCUCAGAACGCUACUGGUGUACAUCGAUCAAAACAUUGGCGAUUCGUCGAGUCAGGUACAUGGCUUUACAAUGUUAAAGGUGGUGCUCGACAGACAGCUAGUUGUGGCUGAAAUUCACGAUAUCAUGCGAAGGAUAAGCGAAAUGGCAAUCACGUCGGAAUCGACAAUUACGAGAACAGAGGCUAAACGUUUGCUGAUCAACUAUUUAAUGAAUUAUCCGCUUGGCAAAAAGAUUGACGGAUAUUUCAACUUAUUCGUGUCAAAUCUAAACUACGAGACUAUGACUGGGCGAGAUGCAGCGAUUCAAAUACUACUCAAGAUAGUCAAUCGAUUUCCGCAAGACAUCGUGAACAAGAAAUCAUCUUUCCUGUUCGUUUGGCUCGGAACCAGAUUGGUCAACGAUGAGGCGCCGGAAUGCCGACAAUCUGCAGCCGCUUGCAUUGAGUCAUUAAUUGCAAAAUGUGAUGAAGUGCAUCAGGAUCAAUUGUUUGGCGUUGUGUUGGAAAUGUUGGGAGACAGUAAAAAUGCGCAUAUAGAAUUAGCGGCGAUGCUCUGCUCCCGGUUUAUUGCCGUUGAAAAGGCCAAGUUCGUUAAACGAAUCGAACAAGUGCUACCUCUGUUAAUAGACACUCUGCCGUUGUCUAAACAUAAAGGACCCGGUCAAUAUGUGCUGUUGCGUAAUGCUGAUAAAAUUGAAUCGGACGAUGAACUCGAUGAAAACAAGGCUGAACUUAAGCAGAGUCAACGUGAACGUUCCAAAGAUCAUCAAAUUAUCCAGGUGACCAACACGAUAUUGAAAAUUUUGGAAAGUUAUCAGAGCAGCAUGCCCGGUUUCGCCGAAUGUAUCGACCAAUUGGCAUACGAAUCGCAGCAGUUGUUGGCAUACGAACAUGUUUGGGUUCGGAUAAAUGCUGCCAAAAUUUUAGGUUUCAUUCUCGGCCAAAUCGAUGUGGCACAACUGAAAUUGGCAUUUUCGACCGAUAAUACAGAAGAACCAGAUCAACACUAUUUGUUCAAAAAUCCAUCCGCUGAAUUGAAGUCCUUAUGUUUGGAUUUAUGUGCGCAAUUGGUUCCUGAAGCAACAGACGAAGAUAUGGCUGAUGAGGCAGUGAAAAAUCUACUGUAUGUGGCAAAUAUGAUCAAGGACAUUUCACUGGAAAAGCAGGACGCAGUCGAAAACAAAACUAUUAAUCUGUAUUGGUUGAUGCGACGAAUGCGCUAUGUAGUACAUGCAGAAGUGGCAAAAACACCGCAUAUCACCGUUCUGAGAACUGCUGUCUUCCAUUGGAUCGAAGGUUUAAUUGAACUAUUACCAGAAAAUACGCUCAACGAACUAUCCAGCAGUUUGAUGGCUCCGCUGGUUCGUGAAAUGUCCGAAGAAGACAAAAACAUUGAUCCGAAAAUGAGACAAUUGGCACUGAAAGUCGGAAACAGUCUUAAGCAAAAGAUAGGCGAUGCUCAGUACCAGUUGUUGAAGACGCGCAUACUAACGAAAUUGAUGCUUCGAAGAGCUGAACGAAAGAAGCUUAAUGCUCAAAUAAAAGUUGACGAUCCAGUCAGAGCAAGUCUUCGGAAAAUAGGUGAAAGGACCAGAAAGAAGGAGGCGAAAAAACGUAAAAUGGAUGUACUGAAGGGUCGUGCUCUUCCAAAGAAGAAGAAGAAGAGAAAUUUGGGCGAAGAUGAUGAUUUGUUUUAAUUUGUUUAGAAAUUAUAUUUUACUGAAGACAGGUAAUUCGAAA